AUGCCUAUCAAAUUUACCGUGUAUAAAGGUUCCAAAGAUGGAAUCAAGCAGGCGCAGACUGAGCGGGGUGACCUCGAACGCGACGAUGUGCUUGUCAGAGUCACCCAUUCCGGAGUGUGCGGCACUGACGUACACUACCAAUCCGUCGACAUGGCUCUUGGCCACGAAGGAACCGGCAUAGUCGAGGAAACGGGCCCAGACGUGAAACUCAUGAAGAAAGGCGACCGCGUUGGUUGGGGAUACGAGCAUGAUUGUUGCGGUCACUGUCCCCAAUGCUUGACGGGUUGGGAAACACUAUGCAGAGAGCGAAAGAUGUACGGCAGUGCCGACCUCGACCAGGGGUCCUUCGCCAGCCACGCCGUGUGGCGCGAAGCCUUCUUGUUCAAGGUCCCUGACAACAUGUCCAACGAGGAUGCCGCGCCCUUGAUGUGCGGCGGAUCGACUGUUUUCAAUGCUAUUCACGCUGCGGAGAUUCGUCCAACCGCUCGCGUUGGUAUCGUCGGAGUUGGUGGUCUCGGACACCUGGCUAUCCAAUUCGCGGCCAAGAUGGGCUGUCAAGUCGUUGUGUUCUCCGGUACGGAUAGCAAGAAGGAGGAGGCGAAAAAGCUGGGAGCCAGUGAAUUCUAUGCGACCAAGGGUGUUAAAGAACUCAAGAUCAAAGCGCCCGUCGACAACCUGAUCGUCACGACCAGCAGUCAGCCGGAUUGGAAUCUUUACCUGAGUGUGUUAAGUCCUGGUGCUGUUAUCUCCCCUCUCUCCGUCGAUGACAACGAUCUCAAGAUUCCCUAUAUGCCGCUUCUGUUGAACGGGCUUCGAAUUCAGGGAGAUAUUGUGUCUUCACGACAGAUCCACCGGGAGAUGCUCGAAUUUGCCGCAUUCCAUAACAUCAAGCCUGUCAAGAUGACAUACCCUCUAACGCUGGAUGGAGUCAAAGAAAGCCUCAAGACAUUGGAAGACGGCAAAAUGCGUUAUCGUGGCGUUUUGGUGGCACAAUAA